AUGGGGGGAGAGGAGGGGCUGGAGGAGGGCACACUGCUCCCCGGUACCCAACAGGUUAAUGGGACGCUGCUCACCGGUACACGACAGGUUAAUGGGACGCUGCUCACCGGUACACGACAGGUUAAUGGGACGCUGCUCACCGGUACUCAACAGGUUAAUGGGACGCUGCUCACCGUACACAACAGGUUAAUGGGACGCUGCUCACCGGUACACAACAGGUUAAGGGGAAGCUGCUCACCGGUAAACAACAGGUUAAUAGGACGCUGCUCACUGGUACACAACAGGUUAAUGGGAAGCUGCUCACAGGUACACAACAGGUUAAGGGGACGCUGCUCAUCGGUACCCAACAGGUUAAUGGGACGCUGCUCCCCGGUACCCAACAGGUUAAUGGGACGCUGCUCCCCGGUACCCAACAGGUUAAUGGGACGCUGCUCACCGUACACGACAGGUUAAUGGGACGCUGCUCACCAGUACACGACAGGUUAAUGGGACGCUGCUCACCAGUACACAACAGGUUAAUGGGACGCUGCUCACCGUACACAACAGGUUAAUGGGACACUGCUCCCCGUUAACCAACAGGUUAAUGGGACACUGUGCACCGUACACAACAGGUUAAUGGGACACUGCGCACCGGUACACAACAGGUUAAUGGGACGCUGUUCACCGGUAUACAAUAGGUUAAUGGGACACUGCUCACCAGUACACGACAGGUUAAUGGGACGCUGCUCACCGGUACCCAACAGGUUAAUGGGACACUGCUCACCGGUACCCGACAGGUUAAUAGGACGCUGCUCGCCGGUACACCACAGGUUAAUGGGAAGCUGCUCACCGGUAAACAACAGGUUAAUAGGACGCUGCUCACUGGUACACAACAGGUUAAUGGGACGCUGCUCACCGGUACACAACAGGUUAAUGGGACGCUGCUCAUCGGUACCCAACAGGUUAAUGGGACACUGCUCCCCGGUACCCAACAGGUUAAUGGGACGCUGCUCACCGUACACAACAGGUUAAUGGGACGCUGCUCACCGUACACAACAGGUUAAUGGGACGCUGCUCACCAGUACACGACAGGUUAAUGGGACGCUGCUCACCAGUACACAACAGGUUAAUGGGACGCUGCUCACCGUACACAACAGGUUAAUGGGACACUGCUCCCCGUUACCCAACAGGUUAAUGGGACACUGCGCACCGUACACAACAGGUUAAUGGGACACUGCGCACCGGUACACAACAGGUUAAUGGGACGCUGCUCACCGGUACACAAUAGGUUAAUGGGACACUGCUCACCAGUACACGACAGGUUAAUGUGACGCUGCUCACCGGUACCCAACAGGUUAAUGGGACACUGCUCACCGGUACCCGACAGGUUAAUAGGACGCUGCUCGCCAGUACACCACAGGUUAAUGGGAAGCUGCUCACUGGUAAACAACAGGUUAAUAGGACGCUGCUCACUGGUACACAACAGGUUAAUGGGACACUGCUCACCGGUACACAACAGGUUAAUGGGACACUGCGCACCAGUACACAACAGGUUAAUGGGACACUGCACACCAGUACACAACAGGUUAAUGGGACACUUCCCACCGGUACACAACAGGUUAAUGGGACGCUGCUCACCGGUACACAACAGGUUAAUGGGACACUUCCCACCAGUACACAACAGGUUAAUAGGACAACAGGUUAA